GACGGGCCGGUCGGAGCGGAAGAAGAAACGGAAGGAAGCGAUACGUACAAAGUGCCUUCAGUGCAAUGUCCGGACUCCUCAGAAACACAAAUAAACCCGUGAAAAUUAGAGGUUGCAAUGAAACUGGAAAGUAUGGAAUUGCGGCGAAAGACAUGAAAGAGUUGCUUAAAAAAGCCUGCAAGAUAUUACAGUUGCCAUCUGCUGGUGCUCACAUCUCUUUGUAUGCGGAUGGGACCAUCGUGACGGAGGACUUCUUCCAAACUCUGCCGGACAACACUGAACUGGUUCUUCUGCGCAGAGAUGAGACAUGGAGUGGAGCUGUGUCCGACAUCGGCCAGUUACUGAGCACAGACCGGCAUGCAGAUGCCCUCGUCGAAGCGGCGAAAGGCCUCCUCUCUGACGAGCCGUCUCCUAAGAGGCGGAAGAUCCUGACGGACCUGCUGCACAACCUGCAGGACACAUCUGAGGUGGAGAAGAGAGAGGAUGAUGAAGACUGGUUCACAGGUGUUGACACUCGAUUCAAGACCAAGUCCGCCUACAUGAAGUUCAACUGUGGGAGCAGAAUACGAAGCUACAUGAAGGAGCUGGACGCCGCCACCAAAACCAUCCAGAGGGCCGCGGUCAGGGCGGAGUUUCUGAAAACCACCAAAUGCCUGGCAGAAAUGCUGAGGUCGGCGAAGCACAACGGCAGCUACUUUGACAGGACGGAGAAGGAAGCCCAUCGGCUCUGUACUGCGGCGGGCUGGUUCACCUGCCAGGGAUCAUUUGAUCAGGAAGUGUGCCGGUCCUUCCACUCCAUCAACCCCUACGGCAGCCGGGAGAGCAGGAUCCUCUUCAGCACCUGGAAUCUGGACCACAGGAUUGAGAAGAAGAGGACCAUCAUUCCCGCCCUGCUGGAAGCUCUGCAGAGUCACAAGAGCGCCGAGGUCAACCUGCAUUACUUCUACCGCCUGCUGUUCACCCGGGACAACCUGAAGCUGGUCCACAUCGUGUGCCACAAGAAGGAGGCCCACCACCUGCAGUGCGACGCCAACGAGAUCUUCAACGCGGCAGGAGACAAACGGAAGGGCAAAGGCAAGAAGAGGCCCCUGAUGUGAAGAUUUUCACCUCUGCCUCCAUGCAGGAGGGUCGGCUCUGAUUUGUACGAGUUGCACUGAUAAUGAUGUGAAUGAUUAUAUUGGAGGCGACUGCGGAUGAUCCAAUCAGCGAAGGGACCUCGCAUUUUUGGCCUGUAUUUCAUUUUUAUUAAACCAUAUUCUGCUUCUGAACCAGUGAAGCUCACAGAGCUUUGUUAGACAAUCAAACCGAACCAGGGAACCAUGAAAACCAUUUAUUUGUCUUUGUUGGCACGGUGAUGUAGAAAUGCAUGGAUUGAUUUCAGCGGCGGUCACUCGGACAGGAAGUUGCAUAGGAGUGAACCGCAGCAGUGCAAUUACCUCAGACGACUAGAUGACAUUUGUCAGCCUUAAAUCACCACUUUUCCACAAACAUUGUUGGUCCAUGAUUGUUUUUUUGUAUUUUAUGUUUGCAAAUGUGAACCUAGCAGGAACCCAGAGAAACGUGUUAGCUGCAUCGAUAUACUUCCACAGGUUAUAAUUCACAGAUGUGUUAUACAGUAUGUUAAGCAGCUGCCAAAAAAAGACUUUGCAAUGAACAAUGAAUAUGAGACACUUGGUGAACAAUGACAUUCCUCUCAAAUGCUAAUAUUUGAUAUUAAACGCUGUCUACGUGGA